AUGGCCAGCCCAGCGAAGUUGAGCCCUUUUGAGCUUAUAAAACAGACUCUCGGCAUUUGUCCUUUUGAGAACUUCUACGUCUGCAUCGAUGACCUGGGAGCGAUCGACGAGGACACAAUUCCCAAGCGAGUGACGUACACGGGCACUGUGGAGUGGCAUCCUCCGGGCAUACUUGUUGUUUCAUGUGACAUGGACAUCACCUACUUCCCAUUUGACAGACAGAUUUGUUCCAUCGAAAGCGGAAGCCACAUUCUAGGACAUAUGCUUCAACAGGCGAUAGAGAAGAGUUCGGGCCAGGAUCUUUCCAGCUAUAGACAAGGGGGAUAUGCCUCUGUAGUUGUCCCAAGAUUGCCUGUCAACUUUGUUUUUUUGACGAGCUUCGGUUACACAGUCCUUGAGGUAAACCCGUUAAGUUCCCGUGGAUUGCUCACGGAUUACUUCCAGAAAAGCGGGGGCUGGAGUCUGGGCCAGCUCAGCACGACCACGUCCACAUACGAGGACAACGGUCAGGAGUACGGAAAGAUUACCUUUGAGGUUAUCGUGUUCCGACGGUCUGAUUUCUAUUGGCUCAAUGUCGUCUUCCCUGUGAUUGUCAACGGCAUUCUGACGAUCUUCCUCUUCCUACUGCCCGCUGAGAGCGGAGAGAGGAUUGGCUACUCUCUCACGGUGUUACUGGCAUUCGUUGUCCUGAUGACCUUACUGGCGGCGGACAUGCCAACCUCGGCCAAACACACGUCUUUGAUGGAGGUGUACAUCUGUCUGAUCCUGGGACUGAGCGCCUUGUCCGUGGUCCUGGCCAUCAUCAACCUGAGAAUCCACCACAGGACAGACAACAAACCCAUCCCCCCGUUCACCUUCGCCCUCACAAGACUCUGUAUGAAGUUGUGCUGUUACAGCGAGGAGCACAUUCCCGGGACCUCGAGUAUUGUGCAUCCAGACAAGAAAUUGACAAUGGAGCAGAUGUUUAGAAAAGAUCAAAAUUGCACCGUUUUCCACGUGAACUCAGCCGAAGUUACGGAGAAAUGUGACCGAGCGAUGACACCAGUGCCCGGGGAGGACUGUCAGUCAAAGGACGGCGUGGACCUCAGCUGGAGAGAUGUGGCUUUUGUCAUGGAUGAUGUCUGCCUCAGAGUCUACGCUGUAGCCGUGGUUGUAUCCACUCUCGUGUUUAUGCUAGCUUUAAAUAGUGGUCCAAACUAG